UCGGUUACCCCGAAAUCUCCUUCACAUUACUCAAUAGCAUGGAAGGUUCACCACUUGUGUUGGAUAUAAGCUCCGAUGAAGAACCGUGUUUGGAAGAAAGUGAUGCAAAGAAGAGAAUUGACUAUGAUGAUAUGAUAAAGGAGUGGUUGGUCAUGCCUGAUGAAGAACCAGAACAAGACCAUGUUGUCGUGAAUGAACUUGGACACAAGUCAAAUUCAAAGUCAAAGUCAAGAUCUUCAGCAUCAGCGCCAAGUGUGAAAGACAUGCAAGAUCAUAAUGAUGAUGAUGAUUGUGUGAUUCUGGAUGGUGACCCUGAAAGAGCUGUUACUACUUCUGUAGAGGAAAUCACAACAGCUUCCUCUGAUGAGUUGGUUGUUGUUGGGGAGAAGGGUCAGGUUGCAUGCAGAGAUUAUCCUCAUCCGCGGCAUCUUUGUGCCAAUUUCCCCUUUUCUUCCACCCCCCAUGAGCAGCACUGUGAACAGUGCUAUUGUUACAUAUGUGACUGCCUAUCACCAUGUCCAAAUUGGGGCACUGGUCUUUCAAGUGCAGAUCACUGUCAUGCAACUGCAGGAUCUGGGAUGUGGGAAACUCUUAGGAAAAAUUUCAAGUUGGGAAAGAUUGCUCCAAUACCAGCAUCGACCAAUUAUGUCACUUCAUGCGAGGCUGUGAAUGAUAUACACAACCUUGAGCUACGCCUUGAUGCUCCUCGGUUUUCUCCAGUUUCCCCAUUAUUGAAUCAGUCAUGGAAUCCGAUGGAUAUUCCUCAGUUUUCUCCAGUUUCCCCAUUAUUGAAUCAGUCAUGGAAUCAGAUGGUAAGUCUCGAACCUCAAAAUCAAGCCUCUAACACAAUCAUAGCAUGGUCAAGCUCCUUGCAAAAGUUUAGAUCAUUGAAUCAAGUCUCCAUGCCAAUUACCAUUCCUUUACGUCCCACCACCAACGCUGCACUUCAACAUGGUGCAAACCAUGCUAGAUCUCCUGAGUCAGCAUUUCCUUUCGCAAGGAGCGGAUACCAGUCCCAUUCUGUUCCAAGGCAAGUGCUAGGUGUACGAAAUCACACCAUCCAAAGGGGACAAGUUCAUGGCGCUGUCUGCUUAAGCCCUCAGUUCCUCCAUUCUCAUAUGAUUGCCAGAGGAGUAAACAGUGCCAGGAGCAUCCCAACGACAAACUACACUUCUCAUGGUGAUUCUUUUGGCCUCAGCAGUCAAGUUGGUUCGGCACAGGCACAGCAAUAUGGUAGAUAUCAUCAUGCAACUGGAAUUUCUAAUAAUGGAACACCUUAUGUGCAAAGUGAUGCUAUUGUACCCAAUACCGUAGGGUACCCACAACUGAUACCUGGAAAAACCAGCCUGAACUUUAUUGAUGUGAAUAGAAAUCAGCAUCUAAAUGAGCAUCAAUUUGUAAAUCAAAAUGGACCUGCUCAAGCAAAGAUUGUGACAUGUGGAAUGUCAAUGCAAGAUGCAUGCCUACAACUUGGUGAAAGUCAAAAUCAAAUUGAAUGUGCAGGGAAUGAAGAGAGAUCUAUAAACCAACCCCCCAAUAUUAAGAAUUCAGGUAUGGAAUUUACUCAAAGCCGAAACCUUGGCUCAAUUGAUGAUAUCAAGAACUUGCUUUUCAAUGAAGAUGAAUCUUUUCCAGAGGACGGUGCUUUGCCAUCUGACCUGAAUAUAACAUCUUAUCUCGAGUCCAACUGAUACAGGCAGGUUUGUUUUUUGAUUUUGAUGGCCCCUCAAGUAGUCUCGAAGUGGAACAUGUUUAGCUUAGAAAUAUUGCCAAUGAAGGUGAAGCGCUUUGCUGCUAUCUUCAUUAUUCUUAAUAAUGGCUAGUUCUCAGUAAUGGCUGCUGGUUGGAUGAUGCUACAGUGGCUAAUUGUUUUUUUUUUUGUUAAUAAGUUAUUACUUAGCUUUGAAUCUAUGGCAUCCCUGCAUAUGGCUAAUCAAGUUGUGCUAACUGCUAUUUUUGAU